AUGGAAUUGUUAGAUGACAAUUGGAACGACGAUGUUUAUGAUUGGAAAAGAUUUUAUCCAGGCUAUGUUCCAAAAACAACAAACAUGAAAUCAACGGGAUAUUUGAUACUAAACUUCAUGCAAGAGUGGAAUGGUCAAGGAUUUCAAACAAAGAUCUGCAUGGUAGGCAAAGCAGCAACCAAACUGAAACCAUACACCGAAUGCCGCAGCAAAGCGAAAUCCGAAGCUCCUGGCCCAAACAAAUCCAGGGCGGCCAUAGAAGGAAGCCACGCAGCAAACAAGAAACAUGAGAAGGACAUAAGGGAAGGCAGAAAUGCGAUCAGAGACAAGGCAAGAUUAUUCAGUGUAUCGCCCACCAUCAUUCGCGUCGGUGGCCUUGGCGACCACGAUUUGCACAGGGUCCAAGCGACGAAGCACAUGAGGACAAGCAACCAAGUGGCCCAGGCCGCCCUCGCCAUUGCUCCCCCACCAAGCCUCCUCCCUCUUCCUCAGAGCACGACAACAAGAUGCGAGCUGCUGGAGCCACCACUGGACUCGCCGAGUAGGAGACAUAGCCGCCCUUGUCAACUCCCAGCCGAGAAGGAGGUCCAACCCUGGCGGACUCCGGACGGCGCGGCCAGCAACGACAACCUGCCUGGCGGCAAGGCCCUGCACCGACGACAAGCAGGCAUCGCGUCCCAGACCCGGCGGCCAGCAGGCAGCGCGGACAUACCAGUCGCAGCCCUGCCCCGGUGUCCUGCGGGCGGAUCCAACAGCUCCGGCAGCAAGCCCUGGGCGGCACGGACAGCACCGGCGAAGGUGCUCUGCCCGGCUCCCCUUCUUCCCCGCCUGGGCGGCGCGGACAACGCCGGCGGCGGUGAUCUGCCCGGCAAUCAUUCUAACCCGGCAUCUACGGCAAGAAGCCAUGGUGGGUUGGAGGAUUCGAGCUGGGGCGGAGUACAGCAAAAUGUCGACGAGGGGAGCUGGAGACAAAUGGGGAAUACAGUGAUUGGGAUGCGCCACUAA